AAAUCAUUAAAAAAGGGAGGUCCAUGCUUGUGUGUGUUACAAACUCAAUACAAUUUUUUGUGAUAUCUUUUCUCAUUUUUUAUUCCUCUUCAGCUAUUCUAAAAUAAUUUUUUAAAAAAAAGAAUAUUGUUCUGUAUUAGCAUUUGCAACCAUAUUGGUCUAUAAUACCAGACUCGCGGACUGUCACCAAGCUACGUUCUUCAAAGAAUAUAUAAAGAACAAGCGCGAUCAGAGCGGCUUAUCGAGCGGAAGGAGGACAUCAAUAGAUUGCAACUGGUUAUUGAACAAAACAUGCGCAAAGCCGAUGACAAGGAAGUAUCGGCAGUGGCUGCAAAAGCCAAAUUGAGGCGCGAUGCACCCGAAGACGGCAGCGAAAUGGAUAUUGUGCCGGACGACGAGGAGGAGCACGAUGACCACGACGAGCAAGAGUGCGAGUAUGAUGGACCAAGCAAACUGGCCCGACUAAUGCGAGCAUGCGACAACUGCCGGCGCAAAAAGGUCAAAUGCAAUGGUACAAAGCCGUCGUGCUUGCACUGCACGCGGAUGAAGCUACCCUGUCACUACAGCCCGUUGGUGCGCAAAAAGCGGGUGCGUCGCAGUAUUAUUGAUAAGUUGGAGGAGCGCCUCGAGUCGAUGGAGCAGAUGCUGCAGCCGCUGGUCGAGCGCCUGUCGCCGAACGACCCGGUGGUUAGCACGGGGAUCGGGGGCAUUGGCCUGGGUUUUGGAUUUGCGCCGGCACCCGCCCCGGCCAUAGCGCACCCCCUGGGCAUGCAGAUUCCCGGAAUGCAGCACAGCUACAGCUAUGGCUUUAAUACGGGCAUUCCUCCAGGGUACAUCCCACAGCCCACUGUGCACAGCCUGCCGCGGGAGCUCACCUACCAGGCUCUGCACCCCGGCGUCGGCCCGCCUUUACCGGCGCUGGCGGUCAUCGAGGAGCUGAUGGAGAUUGCCAUCACGCACAUGGCACCAGCAGCUCCGCUCGUGUCAUGGACCCGCCUUGUGCGCCGCCUGCACAGCGGCCAGCUUCCCGAGUUCAUCGUCUGUGCGAUGAUUGGACUGGCUGCGCGGUUUAGCAACCGGCCGGAGUUUAGCUGCACGCCGCGGUAUAAUGCUGGCCGCGAGUACGCUAAGCGCGCGGCUGAGCUCAUUUCCACGCUAGUCGAUCGUCCGGAUCCCGAUGUUGUCUUUUGCAUGGUGAUGCUGUCGCUCUACGAGUGGGGCUGUGGCCGCGGCGAGUCUGCGUGGUCGUAUACUGGAAUGGCCACGAGACUGGCACAGCGCUGCCGCCUGCACCUGGUCGACGAGGAAGAUUUUAACGAGAAUGUCGACGAGCAGCCACAGACAUGGGCGAACACUGAAUGGCGGCGGCGACUCUGGUGGCACGUCUACUGCGGCGACCGCACCUCCGUCAUCGUAGCCUCCCGCCCAGCAACCGUCCACGACGACGAUUGCGUCGUCGACCUCCCCUCGCACGACCACGAGUGGAUCACAGGCAAGGUACCCAGCGAAACGCCCAAGGACCCGAACGCUCGCCAUUUUCCUGAUGUCUGGUGGCAAGUGGUCGAACUGUACCGGGUGUGCAGCCGGAUCUCUGAGUUCGUCAACCGCCGGCGCCGCCCCGUGCGCACCGGUGAGAUUGCGCGCCGGACGAUGUUCGAGAUCCUCGACUGCGAGCUCGAAGAGCUCCGCGCGCGCUUCAUCCCCGGAAUGGAGUUCCCGCCACGCACUGAAUUGCUGAUGACCGCGUUCACUAAUCUUGGAGACGGUGCAAAUGGCGUGAACAACAUUUGUGCGACGUACUUUAACAUUCAUCUGAUGUACUACGCGGCCAAAAUCAUAUUGUAUCGCUCGGAGCUGCCGAGCUACAUGCAUGAGAAUGUUAGCCCAGAGCACAUUGAUCGCGCCAAGGCCGUGUGCAUUGACGCCGCACACAACCAGGCGGAUGUUAUUCGCUGGGCCCUGGAUAAUGUACCCGUUGAGAACUGGGACCCCAGGGUUGGGGUGUGGUCCCUGCAGGGUGCAUCCAUCCAUGUCAAUGUUGCUAUAAGCGACAACACUGCCAUCGCCGAGCAGUCGCGCCGGGACCUCGAGGUCCACCUGAAUCUGCAUGUAGCCUCUGAUCAGUACUACCACUUCAAUAUGGCCAUUAUCACGAUGCUGCACCAUGUUUUCAAUCUGCGCAAGAAGCAGAGGAUCACGAUCACUGACAAGACAGCGCAAGCAACGCAGGCAGCGCAGAAAAUAGCCGUGGCAACGAGGGAGCCCGGGAUCACCAUUAAUCAUAAUAGCGACGCGGACCCGUGGAUUGUCCCACGGUGCAGCUCGUUCCUUGGCUUCACGUACAACUCCAGCCAGCUACGCGGUAUUCUCAACGAGGCUAUCAAGCAGACCACGUACGGUCCGCCCGAAACCCUCGCGUCUAAUGAUGAUUACAAUGGGAGCAAUUCAAAGCAAUCCCAGUCCACUGUGCACAUGGAUAUUCAGCAGCAGCAGCAAAUCCAAAUGCAAGCCUACCACGCAUCGCUUAACAGCCAGAUGCUAGCUGGUAAUACUCUUCCGGUAUCAUUGCCAUACAUCGGCCAUCGCCGCAUGUCAGUGUCAGCCAAGGCCAAUGCAUUUGGAAGGCUGGAUCUGGGCGGCAAUCUGUGGAGCGGGCAGACCGUAACCCCACUUUCCAUAGCUAGCAACUCACCGGGUUACGACAUAACCGGAUCUUUGCCCAAAACCCCCAACAACACAGAACUAUCGAUGGUUCACGAAAACCCCGGUGCUGCAAAACAGCCGAUGAGCGCAAUGCCAACCAAAUCAGCGGCAGGAUCUUUAUCUGCAGCAACAGAUGAGUCUGGCGCUAAGGCGCCGCCACGGCCCAUGAAGCGCGCCUUUAGUAGCGCCGACAAGGUUGCCAAGGGCAGCGGAGGUGGCGGCAGCAGCAGUCGUGGUCGAAAACCCAAUACAGCCAACCAAGCGCCAGUUUCCGUCCAAGGCUCCGGGAAACCGUUCGCCGCCAAUCCUCCACAACAGCCGACGGGAACCCAGCAACUGCAGCAGUUGCAGCGUCUGGACGAGUUGCGAGCCCGCGUUGUUCUCCUGCAGCAACUGAGCGGCCAGAAUAACAAUGCGCAGGGCGCAUCUACUUCAACAGCAGCACUUGCAACAUCGACAGCAGCAUCACAGGCUGUGGUAGCGGCGUUGCUCGGCCCUUCAAAUGCAUACGAUUCGUCCGGCGGUGUGGUUUCGGCUGGUGAGGGUGGUAGGGAUGUAAAUGGGUUUCUGAGCAACUUUGCUGCGAGCAUUGGAUCGGUAGCCAGCCAGCUUGGCUCUGCAACCGCUGCUUCGGCUGCUGCGAUAAACCAGGGUAUUCGGAGUUUGCCAUCAUCGACCUCGCCUCCAUCACUGCCAUCACAACUGCAACAGCAGCAGCUUCCGCUGAAUAUCCACGACAACGCGUGGCUGGCAGCAGCGCUGUCGCACCAUAUGAACGCACCUGCCCCCACUAGUAACAAUGUUCCUGCGAUUCCCUUUGACAACUCGGCUAUCCCGGGCUAUGAUAUUCACAAUGGCAGGGUUUUGACUGGAAUGAGCAACGAAGAGCUCGAGAUGUUCAUGUCCCAGCAGAUCGACAUGGGCAGUGCUGUGGGUGGGUUUGUCGAUAACGGUAUUGGGUUCUCCCAGGACAUGAACUCGCAAUCUUACCAGUACUCGGCGGUAGACAUUCAGGGGCUCAUGCAGCGACUGACGACAUUUAACUCCCAGGGCCCCAACAAUGACAACGCAGAUGCCCGUUGAAAUGGUACUUACCUUGGGCAAUCAUUUAACUUUCUUUGAUGAAUAAAAUAAAUUGGAAUUAAUGUUUAAAUACA